AUGAAGUUCUCAGUUAUCACUCUCCUCGCUUGCGCUGCUAUUGUACAAGGAGCUGCUCUCCCACAAGCAGCAGCCACAACUUCCGCUGACAUGCCACUCUCCACUGCCCCCAACAGUGUUGUUCCAGAUUCAAUUGAAAGCCACUUCAGUGGAGUAUUUGAUGGCUCUGGAUCAUUGGUGGCAAAGGUUGACGAUGAGCCCUCCCAAGCACUUCAAAAGCGCGUUGCGCCAGUCGUAGCUAUAGCUGGAAUCGCCGCCAUUAAGGGUAUCGCUAUCUUGACCAAGAUCGCCAUUGAGCUUGGUCAACAAACCCUUGGGAACCUUGGACAAUGGAAUGCCGUCCGUGAGAAAUUCACUCAAGCAACCACUGCCAACAUGUGGUCCAGAAACCCAGAUUACAACAAAUACCCCGGUGUCGUGUGCUACAACAAGGGAUACUCCGUCAGGAACCCUGCUGGUAUCGCCGGAAAAGUCAGCGCCAAGCUUUCUCUUGGUCUUCUCAACACUGAUUACGACUGCAUGUACAUAAGUGGAAACAACGCAUUCUAUACCCGAUCCGAGGGUGGAUAUAUCAACCUUUCUUACAGAUAUAACUCCCGCUGCACAUACGACGGAAAGACCGGUGAUUUGACCUGCAACUAG